ACAACUAAACUGAUAUUUUUAUUUACAGUUAUUUCAGUAGUAUCAAGUAUUAUCAUAUUUGUUUUAUAGGAAAAAAUCUUAUGUGAUUUAUUAAAACUUAAUCGGGUAAAAUUAGUCUAAUCUGGUAUCUUGUUUUUGGAUGUGAAUGUGUAUUCAGUACUACACUUGUUAAGCAUGGUUGGUCGGCCAUCGAGUAGUGGAUAACAUCAAUUUUUGCGAUUUUGUGUAUGUACGAAUUUAAGUAUUUAAAAUUAUAUCGUAACUAUUAAAAAAUAUCUUAAUUUGUUAUGCAAACUACAUACUUUAAUUAGAGGUGAUAUAUUUAAAUGUACGGUUUCUAAAUUUCACAAAAACUGAAAAUAUCGCAAGACUAACACUGGAAAUUCCCAAAUCUCAGUGACGCAAUUAAUAACCUCCAUUCUCCAUUUCUUUUUGUGAUAAGUGCUCGCAUGACAUUAUUCAUUUAUUUUUAUAGUAAAAUUUAAGCGUGGUAUCAUUCAUAGUGGAUAAUUAUUAUACAGUCACGUUUGACUGUAAUUAUUUUGAUGGACUUUAGUUCUAAUAAUAUUAACGCCAUCUGCGUUAACAAAAUACUCGUAACUUGUAAAUGGCUACCCCGUCGAACCCGAGCGAUAGGUGGUAUUUUACGAAAGAACAGUUAGAAAAUACUCCAUCGAGAAAAUGUGGCUUCGAUGCACACAAGGAACUUUCCAAUCGCCAGCAAGCUGCCAACUUCAUCCAGGACAUGGGCCAGAGGCUCAAAGUAUCACAAUUAUGUAUCAACACGGCCAUAGUGUACAUGCACCGUUUCUAUGUUUUCCAUUCGUUCACGAAGUUUCCGUGGCACCAGAUGGCAGCAGCGGCGUUAUUUUUAGCGGCCAAAGUCGAGGAACAACCUAGGAAAUUAGAAUACGUCAUUAGGGUAGCAAAUAUGUGCAAAAACGGGAGAGAUACAAAUAUUGAUGUGAAUUCAGAAAGGUAUAUUAGUCAAUCCCAGGAUUUGGUGUUUAACGAAAACGUUUUACUUCAAACUCUAGGAUUCGAUGUGGCCAUAGACCAUCCACAUACCCACGUGGUAAGUUUACAUUUAACGACAAUGUGUAUACAGUAUAAACCAACGGUGGUUGCUUGUUUCUGUAUCCUGGUAGCUUGUAAGUGGUCCAACUGGGAGAUCCCUUUGUCGUACGAAAAGAAGGAGUGGUAUUCGUACGUGGAUCCCACGGUGACGGCGGAAUUGUUGCAACAAUUAACAGAAGAAUUUUUGGUGAUAUUCGAAAAGUGUCCUUCCAGGCUCAAGGAGAAGAUUAUGGCUAUAGCUGAUAACGUUAAUCAUAUACCUUCUCAUCAUAUUCCUUCGCCUUUUGAUGAUCCGAAGAAAAAACUUCCUCAAGAAGACGGGAAAGACGGCCACCACAGAUCGUCGGGUUCCGACAACGACCCUCACAAACACAGAUCGUCUCGGCCGCAUGAUAUGGGCAGCAGUUCACAACACCAAAGAGAACGAGAUAGAGAGAGAGAACGUCGGGAACGACAACAGCAGCAUCAAAAGGCAAUCAUGGGCAAUAGUAGUAAUAGCAGUCUAAAUAGCAGCAGUAGUAGUAUGAAAUCUCACAGUAGUCAUCAUAGGCCUGAUCGACCGGAUCGUCCAGAUCGUCCGGAUCGUUCAGAUCGACCGGAUCGUCCAGACCGACCCGAUCGUUCAGACCGACCUGAUCGACCGGAUCGCCAAGAUCGACCCGACAGGCCGGAUAGGCCAGAUCGACCUCCUGUGGACCCGAAGAUGAAGCCUCCCUCGCGUCCUCACACCAUGCCUUACCCCCAACCCAAAGACAUCCUUAGAGAAGCAGCUGCUAGAGACUCACCUUUCGGAUUAGCCAGAGAUACUACGAGGGAAUAUCCCAAGGACGCCCAUAUGGCUAGAUCCGAUAACAAAGACCCAAACAAACGAGACCAUCAAUACAAACUAAACAAUCAAGCUGAAGUGAAUAAUGUUAACGCUUAUAAUGACUUAAGGUUGAAUUAUCCUCCAGAAAAACAAAGACUUGAUCCCAACGGUAGACCUAGAAUAGACCACAAGGUACCUUCGUCGGGUGUGUCGCGUAGUAGACCGGAAGAACAGAAAUCUCACUUAGAAAAUAUCAAAAAACAUUUAAGUUCAGCUACUCCUGAUAAAAACAAUAGUUUCCCAACUAAGCCUGUCAACGCAGGUCUGCAUAACGAAGUUCCAAAAUCCGUCCCUAAGAUAAUUACGCCGGUCAGUUCGAGUGCGCAGCCGAAACUAACGCAUACGAACAGUGGUACGUACGCGCCGCCAGUUAAUAGUGAAUUUAAAAUAAAAACUGAACCGGUAACUGUGAAAGAAGAGGUUCCUAUACCGGCGGUAAUAAAAAGACCUAGUUUAUUUUCUCCCGAGAAAACCCCGCCUCACAAAGACAUUGUUCCUACCGUCGUUCCGGAAAACCCGGCUUUCCUUUCGCCGCUAGUGUCUCCGGUCGAAAUAAAAAGAGAGCGGAACUAUUCUAGUAGCUCGGAACCAGAGCUAAGGCCUGUGAUGAAGAAAAUCGAUCAAGUUGAAGGUUUCGAAAAUCUUAUGAGGGACAAUACGAUAGGAAUCGACGACACUCGACAAACGCCCGAUCACACUGCUCAUUUGUUGAAAGUGAAAUUGGAAGAUGAGAGUCCUUUGCAGGACAUUAUUGUACCAGAGGUCGUUGAGAGUAACGGCGAAAUCAUUAAUAGGACAUCAACAGCGAUGGUAAAUGGUCUACAAACAUCGGACCCGACUGUAAUAAGUAAUUUAUUAAAAGAAGCCUCGACGGCUUCUCAUCUCCCGACUGUAAUACCUCCAGAACCCACACACGAAAUUCAGACUGACAAAAACCACUACCACCACAAAAGUAAAAAGAAGAACAAGGACAAGCACAAGCACAAAGACAAGAACCGCGAGGACAAAGAAAAGAAGAAGAAGCAUAAAGAUAAGGACCGCGAAAAGCACAGACACAAAGAUAAAGCGCCGGAAGUGACGGCGGUACCCAUCAAAGAGCCGCUGAAGCUUAAAAUACCCAAAGAUAAAAUAAUCAUGGAGCCAGCUCCGUCGGAGCCCCCGCAAGGACUGAAGAUUAAAAUACCUAAGAAUAUAAUCAAUACUGAGAACAUUUCCGAGCUGUCCAAUAAUCCUCCACCUAUAGGCAUCAAACUGAAGAUACCCAAAGAGAAGCUCAAUAAUUGCCCUAAUAUCGAAAGUAGUGCAUCUAGGAAAAGGGAAAGAGACAAGGAUCGAGGUUCCCCAGACGGACCAGCAUCCAAAAUAUCAAAAUCCAGUAUUAAAGAAUCUAAAACAAACGGCAGAUACUCCAAUAACAAUAAGGUAAGCCCUAACGUAGAUAACAUUAUUCAAAAUGUCCAACAACAAACGAAUUUUGUAACUAAUCAAACAAAGGAGAACACUAACAACUUUCAGAUGUACACCGCACCCCCACCCCUUCCUCCUCCACCACCACCACCGCCAGCACAACAGGCACUACCGCAUGUGCAGAUGUAUUACUACAACCAAAUGCCCCCACCACCUAUGCCCAAUGUAAACGUCCCGCCGCCUUCGUACAUGUACCAGUAUUACAAUCAGGGCUACAUGUACCAAAGGAGCGGGAUGUACGCGCACCCGCCUCCCAUGCAGGCCCCGCUUCCUGUAAUGCACAGUAGCAACUCUAGACCGCCUCUACCGAUGGACGCUCCGCCACAAGCGCCACCGCCACCUCCAGAAUAG